AUGGCGAAUGCGACCCCGACCAUUGAAUUCCAGUUCGUCAAUUCGACCAUCACCAGUCCGACGGUCCCUCAAGAUGCGGAGGUUCGAGCUCUCAUCAGGAAACAGGCCAUGAAGAAGGCAUCCUUAGCUCGAAAACGAGAUGGAAACUAUGGAAAGCACAACCUGCGACAGUAUCCAGUCUUCAUAUAUGACCAGUCCAAUACUGGUACAGAAGUCGCUGAGGUCUGGGACAAUGGGAAGGAGUUGGGGAUCCGGGCUCGACGGAAGGACGGCGGCAAAAAUUCAAAGAGCAAUAAGGAUACCAGAGCCAAUCCCUUCAAGGCAGACAAGAAAUAUGCAGAGCGACAACAAUGGCUGAGGAAAGUGAUCAAAGGCGAGACGAUUCCGCAAUGCCUGUCUCCAGAUGGCUACGAACUGAGGAGCAUGCAAACAGACUUCGACAUCCUCGAUCUCUCAACACUAGCAACCCUCCACAUCGGACGUGCCGUUCGAGGAGCCCUGUCGCAGAAUCCAUACAUGCUCAUCAAUCAAUUGCGGACGCACAAGCGGUGGUCAUAUUUAUCAUUUCUACCUACACGAUACGAACAUAUCAAAUGUCUAAGGGAUGCUACAGAUUGUGUGAUUGCUCGUGCCCGUCAGAUUGUGACCCCUAACCAGAACUGGGAGGCAGCAGUGAUAGCUUUCUAUUUGAGGGCACUAGAUAGCUUGCAGAAGGCUCUAGAUAGUCCCACGGAACGAUAUCAACCUGAGGUCCUAUGUGCUACUGAAAUUCUUGCUUUAUAUGAGAUGCUUGAUCCCAAUGGAGAAAUGGCAUGGGUACGACAUUCGGCCGGAGCUGCAAAGCUGAUUCACUUGCGAGGUCCCAAGAACUACGACACUGAGUUCGAGAAAGCCCUUUUCAUGGCACAGACAGUACCAAUCAUGACUGAAUGCCUCCUGAAGGGUGAGCGCUGCUUCCUUGAGCAGAAGCCAUGGCAAGAAGUCAUGCGAUCCGUGAUCGAAGAAGACGCCAUAAUCUCCGACAGGAGUGAAGCCGUCGUCACGCUCCUGAUGAACAAGUGCCAAAUCCCCGGUUGCGGCGUUGAUGUAACAGGAUUGAUUUGUACUGACACACCACCGGAGCCGGAGGAAGUAGAACGCAUCACUCUCAAGAUCCGUCAGCUGCGUAAGAACUUCUUGAAUUGGUAUAAGAAGUACGAAACCAUUCUCGCCAAAUGUCCAGAUAUGUACCCUGGGAGUGCGAAUCAUGACAGCCAUUGCAAAGUAUUUGCGAACUAUCUGUCGUGCUUGAUGAUCACGAGUCGAUUUCUGGUUGCAAUUUCGCCGAGUGAUAGGUUAGAGGUGGAGGAGUAUACGCAAUGGCUUGCAAACGAGAUGGUUGAGCUAGAGAAUCAGGUCAAAUUAUCGCCUACGAGUUUGUUCAUGGCGCAGACGAUGGCGGUUGCUCAAUCUGUCAUGGCUACGAAGGAGGACUGGCUUGGUGAUGGGGAGAAGGUGAUGAGUGAUGAGAAGGGGUUGAUUGAGAGAUGGAAGUUGGAGAGAUGGUGUGGGAUGUUUGGGAGAAGGAUGCCGUGA